GAGGCGAGCCCGUGCGCGGCGUUUCGAGAAACCCCAUUGAUACGACUGGAUUCGCAGCGUGAGCACGGCCGCCAUUUUACAUCAUCCGCCGGAGAGAAAGAACAGAGCCGGAUCUGCGCUGGGGAGCAGUGCGCCUAUUUUCUUUUUUUUUUCCUGCUUAAAAAGAAAAAAAAUUAAUAAAUAAAAAAUAACACCACCAACUCCUGUACCUCCAAAAUAACACGCUCCACACACCUUUUAGAGCCAUCGGCAGAUUUCUGGAGACAUGGCCACAGAACACAUUAAUGGAAAUGGUACAGAAGAACCAAUGGACACAUCUACUGAAGUCACUCAUUCUGAACACUUCCAGACUUUACUAGGCGCCGGUUUACCACAGAAGGUUGCCGAAAAAUUAGAUGAAAUUUACAUAGCAGGAUUGGUAGCUCAUAGUGAUCUUGAUGAACGAGCAAUUGAAGCUUUAAAAGAGUUUAAUGAAGAAGGUGCUUUGCAAGUGCUACAACAAUUUAAGGACAGCGAUCUCUCCCAUGUACAAAACAAAAGUGCCUUUUUAUGUGGAGUCAUGAAGACCUACAGGCAGAGAGAGAAACAGGGGACCAAAGUGUCAGAAUCUAAUAAAGGACCAGAUGAAUCAAAAAUUAAGGCUCUAUUGGAACGAACUGGAUACACACUUGAUGUUACAACAGGACAGAGGAAAUAUGGUGGGCCCCCUCCUGAACAUGUGUACACUGGCAUGCAGCCAACAGUUGGCACAGAGAUAUUUGUAGGUAAAAUUCCAAGAGAUUUGUUUGAAGAUGAACUGGUUCCGUUGUUUGAGAAAGCUGGGACUAUUUGGGAUCUUCGGCUCAUGAUGGAUCCUUUAAGUGGCUUGAACAGAGGCUAUGCCUUUGUCACAUUCUGCACUAAAGAGGCGGCUCAGGAAGCUGUUAAACUGUGUAAUAAUCAUGAAAUUCGCCCUGGAAAACACAUUGGUGUGUGCAUUUCUGUAGCCAAUAAUAGAUUGUUUGUCGGCUCAAUACCCAAGAGUAAAACAAAAGAACAGAUUAUAGAAGAAUUCAGCAAAGUCACAGAGGGUCUUACAGACGUUAUACUCUAUCAUCAGCCAGAUGACAAGAAAAAGAACAGAGGUUUUUGCUUCUUAGAAUAUGAAGAUCAUAAAACUGCUGCCCAAGCAAGGCGUAGGUUAAUGAGUGGGAAAGUAAAAGUGUGGGGCAAUGUUGUAACAGUUGAGUGGGCAGACCCCAUUGAGGAUCCUGAUCCAGAGGUUAUGGCAAAGGUGAAAGUACUGUUUGUCCGUAAUCUUGCAAGCACUGUAACAGAAGAAAUACUAGAAAAAACCUUUAGCCAGUUUGGAAAAUUAGAGCGUGUAAAGAAGUUAAAAGACUAUGCCUUUAUUCACUUUGAUGACAGAGAUGGUGCUGUAAAGGCUUUAGAAGAAAUGAAUGGAAAAGACCUAGAAGGAGAACAUAUUGAAAUUGUGUUUGCCAAGCCGCCAGAUCAGAAGAGGAAAGAACGUAAAGCUCAACGACAAGCUGCUAAAACCCAAAUGUAUGAUGAUUAUUAUUACUAUGGCCCCCCUCAUAUGCCACCUCCCACAAGAGGCCGUGGCCGCGGAGGUAGAGGAGGUUAUGCCUAUCCUCCUGAUUACUAUGCUUAUGAAGAUUAUUAUGAUUAUUACGGCUAUGAUUACCACAAUUAUCGUGGUGGAUAUGAAGACCCUUACUAUGGCUAUGAAGAUUUUCAGGGUGCUGGUAGAGGAAGAGGGGGUAGAGGAGCAAGGGGGGCUGCCCCAGCCAGAGGCCGUGGAGCUGCUGCUCCUCGGGGAAGGGUUGCUUUCUCUCAACGUGGUGGUCCCGGAUCAGCCAGAGGUGCCCGUGGUGCCAGAGGAGGUGCUCAGCAAAGAGGCCGCGGGGUACGUGGUGCGAGGGGUGGCCGCGGUGGAAAUGUAGGAGGAAAGCGCAAAGCUGAUGGGUACAACCAGCCAGAUUCCAAGCGGCGCCAGACCAAUAAUCAGAACUGGGGCUCUCAACCCAUUGCUCAGCAACCGCUCCAAGGUGGUGAUCAUUCUGCAGGGAAAAGGGGUCGAGGCCGGUCCUGACCUGUUACUAUGAAGACUGACUUGCUAUGUGGGGUUACACCAGAAGCUGCCAAUGGAUAUGAUGGUAAGGUCAGAACUAUGGUCCAAAGAUAUUCCAGCUUUAGAAGCGUAUCUUCCAAACUGCCACCUUGAGAUAAUCACCUGGAUAAACAAAAUCAACAGAAGUUACCACUUGGACUUUUGCUUUAUUCAAGUAAUAUUUUAAGAAUGAAAGCAUUGCAUUAAGAGUAAAACUACCCCUCCGCUAAAUACUGAAUUUUAAGAACUGUAUAAUAAAGCUAUUCAGCCUUUAUAAAUGAGAAUGUCAUUCUGAAAUGUUGUUUGUAAUUUGCACUUGUAAAUGUCUCUUAGUUGAAAUGGCUCAAAAGAGCUUGAUGCUGUCAUUGUGUAUUUCAUGUGCUAAUUGCAGCUUUUAUGUUGGAAUAUCCAUGUUACCCAGAUCGUCUGUAUUUGGAUAGCUUUGCAAAGACGUGUUAGCAGGUUUAGGUGUAACCACCUUAUCUGGUUAGUCAGGCAUUCCAGGAAAAUGGUUCUUUUCAGAACCUGUUUUUAAAGGGUUGGUUAACUACCUCAGUACAGAGGAAUAAACUGCCCUGUCUGUACUGUAAAUAGGGAAUCUUUUUGAAAUAGAAGGAAGCCUUGUUCCGCACAAUAUGCACAAGAGCAACAGCAGAGCAGAUGUACUUAAUGUAAUAUAGUCUUUUUACUGUUGCUCUGCUAACAGUCAAACUGGUGUAAAUUAAAACUCAUAUGAUGAGUAGGAACAAGUCUUCCUUUUAUUGUCUAAACUGAAAGAGCUGCGUUGCUUUUUCAGCUAAUGUAGUUAUUGGUUGUAUGAUAGUUUAGCAAGAUGUUACUUUUGUAAAAGCUAAAACAUCAAAACUGAAAUAUCAGACUUGCUUUUGAACUGUGCUGCAGUGUCCCUUUUUGCAAUGGAAUAUUUCUCAUUUUUAUUUAAUAAACAUCUUAAUGCUGAAAGUACUGAAUUAUGUGUUGAGUUGAUCCCAGUGUACGCAUUUGUUUGAUAUCAAAUCAUGCUGUGGCCAGUUUUUAUUUUGACAUCUUAA